UGUUAGCCUGAGUUUUGUUAGACUUCAUAUAGCUUGUUAGCCUCCAUGUAGUUUGUUAGCCUUCAUAUAGCUUGUUAGCUUAUGUACGUUGACCAGCGGUGUCGCCACGGUAACAGGGCAGCUUGGUUCACGCGCCCCUCUCACAUGACGUCUCCCAGCAUUCUACGCGCCGCUGACAGAGACGAACGGAACAUCACGGAAGAGGAUGCGGCUCGCCACAGAUAUGGAUUACAAGGAUGUCUUCGCAACCUUGGAGAGAGUUUGUGAAGACAACAUCUCUGUUCUGCGUGGACCUUCUGACUUGCCGUACGGCAGCGUCGCCAACCGCCUGCUGACGUGCAUCAGACAGAUUCAGGAACAUGGACGAGCUCUGGAGCCGGUGGUCGGCUGCUUCACCGCCGUCUAUCAUCACUACGACUUCGAUGAACAAACACCUGGAAACGGCUACAGAACCCUGGUCAAGGUCUUGCUGUCUUGCCUUUUCCACAUCAUCCAAAAGGCCCGCUACGUCGCCUGUAAUUUCAACAGUGCCUUCUUCAGAGCCGAGCACAACGCCGCCGAGAUGGAGGCGUACAGCAGCGCCCUCUGUCAGCUGCGAGCGCUGCUUCACCUCGCCCAGCGGCUCAUCAACGACAACGACUGCGGCCAGCUGUACUCGCUGAAGGACGAAGAUCUGAGCCGGAGGUUUGUGCAGGAGUACAGCUCCAUGCACAAAGCCUGUUUCUACGGCCGCUGUCUGGGCUUCCAGUUCUCUCCGGCCCUUCGUCCGUUCCUCCAGACCGUUGUCAUCAGCAUGGUUUCAUAUGGAGAGACGUUCGGCAAACAGCAGUCUGGCUUCGGUACGGCAGCUCUGUCUCUCCUCACAUCAGGGAAGUACGUCAUGGAUCCGGAGCUACGAGGCGCCGAGUUCGAACGCAUCACCCAGAACCUGGACCUGCAGUUCUGGAAGUCCUUCUGGAACCUCACCGAGUCCGGCCUCCUCACAGGCUUCAGCAGGAUGGCCUCCAGCCCGGUGCAGGUGAACCUCACCUUGACGUUGCCCCCGGUUACCCUCCGCCUACCUUUAGCUGCGGAUCCAAACCUGACCGCCACUAUUUCCCCUCCCAUCGCCCACUGGGGCCCCGGACCGGUCCACAUGAGGCUCAUCUCCUGGGAGCUCCGAGAAGGACAGGACAGUGAAGACCUCCAGGCCUUUUAUCGGUCUGAUCCUCCUCCCAUCUCCUUGUCCAGCCUCCCCUGGGUUCAAAAACAGCCUCCGUCCCGCUGGCUGCUCAUCCACUUCCACGGAGGAGGAUUCGUGGCCCAGACGUCCAGAUCCCACGAGAACUACCUCCGGAGCUGGUCCAAGGUGCUGAAUGCCCCGAUCCUCUCCGUCGAUUACUCUUUAUCACCUGAAGCGCCUUUUCCCAGAGCUCUGGAGGAGUGUUUCUACGCCUACUGCUGGGCUCUGAACCACUGUCACCUGCUGGGCUCCACAGCUGAGCGGGUUUGUCUGGCAGGCGACAGCGCUGGAGGAAACCUCUGCAUCACCGUGUCCAUGAAGGCCAUAUCCGCCGGCAUCCGAGUCCCCGACGGCAUCAUGGCCGCCUACCCGGCCACCCUGCUCACCACCGACGCCUCGCCCUCCCGCCUGCUCACGUCCAUCGACCCGCUGCUGCCACUCAGCGUCCUCGCCAAGUGUCUGAAUGCCUACGCAGGUGCAGAGAGCUGCUCGGUCCAGCCGGUGGUGGGCGGUGGUGGUCUGAGCUCUCUGGGCCGAGACACCGCCAUGCUGCUCAGUGACCUCACCCAGGGAGCCUCCAGCUGGAUCCAGUCCUUCCUGGACCCGACCAGGACCUCCGACCAGCCGCCGAGACGGACCGGCGCCUGCAGAACCUCGACCGUCGCCUCGGCAACAAGCUCUGAAUGCCACGUGGAUUUCCCAGAGGGCUUCAAGCCUCUGCGCUCCGAGUGUCUGGCGUUCAUUCGGCCGACGUCCUGCCCGAUCAUCAGGAACCCGUUUGUGUCGCCGCUGCUGGCGCCCAGCAACCUGCUGAGAGGCCUGCCACCGGUCCACAUCGUGGCCUCGGCUCUGGACGCCCUGCUGGACGACUCGGUGAUGUUCGCCAAGAAGCUGCGAGACAUGAACCAGCCGGUGAGCCUGACGGUGAUGGAGGAUCUCCCCCACGGCUUCCUCAGUCUGUCGCAGCUCGCCAAGGAAACGGAGUUCGCCACGGAGAUCUGCGUGACGAGAAUAAGGGAGAUCUUCAGGCAAGAAAACCCGACAUGUGCUCUUCAGAAACAGCUGGACCAGAGUGCCAAUCCUUCGGGCUGAUCUCUCAGCCGCCGCCGGGACGUUGUUGUGUUUUAGAGAAAGGGAUGAUGUGGUGAGUGAUGUCAGGAAGUGAUGUCAUGGAUUUAGCAAAAAGGAAAAGAAAAGAGGAGUUUUGAGGAUGCAAUAGAGGAGACACACUGCACUUUAAACACCCGCUGCUCAGCACUAAGAACUUCAGCUUUCUACAACCAGCUCUAAUAAACACAGCAUAAAGUAUUUUUGCAAUAAAACGCACAUUAAAGAUUCAGACCACAGUGAGAACAUUAACCUCAGAGAACCAUGACCAGCUCCAGCAGAAACAUAUUUGGCAGCUGUGCCUUGAAUUUAAAGCUUUUGCUGAACCGUCUAAAAAAACAGUGCAUGGCCUAUGUGAUCAAACUGACCAGGAUUAAAGCUUUACUCCACAGGAAGCACCUUCCAGACGCACUGUGUUUGAAUAUUUGGACUGAACGCUCGUUUAAACUGGGUUCUCCAGUCUGUCACAUGUUUACAACUUACUGAAACGGAGGCCUUCACCGUGUGUUUACCAGCAGUUUCUGGGUUUGAGUGUGAAACUGACUUGCUGUACUGUAAAUUAAUUCUUUGAACUUCACUCUGUUGUUAUAUUUAAAGCCUGUAUUAAAUCAAAACUGCGA